CUCUCUCCCGCUGAGAUGAAAUGAAACAGACUUUGUUUAGGCUCCGAUAACGAAAUACAAUCUCCCCUGGCAGAAGAAGCAUAUAAAUUUUUCUUCGUUGGGCAAUUCUUUUGGCGACGAGCAAGCAUUUCACACUUGGUUGAGCUCAUCGUCGGACGCCGGCCACUGUUGUUAGGCCUGCGUGGUUGUUCUCCGGCAAGUAUUGAAGAAGGUUUGAAACCUAGGGCUUUGUCUUCUUCCAAAAUUUGUUGUUUAAAUGGACAUGGAAUGGUCUGAUUCGAGGUAUGAACUACGAGAGGGUAGGGAUGAUCAAGAGGAUUCUCCAUUGAGAGAGAAAUAUGAUGAUUUGGAACAAGUGGGGAUGGACAAAUCUAGCAAGCAUAGAAGCAAGGAUAGGAAGAAUAGCAGUCGAGGAGAAGACAAGGAGCAUAGAAGUAAAGACCGAGAUAAGCAAAAAAGAACUGUGGAGGAUGUUUCAAAAGAAAGAGAAAAAGAGGCAAGAGAUCUAGAAAAAGAUAGAAUUGGCAGCCGGGAAAGGAAAAGAGAGGAUAGGGAUGAACGUGAAAAGGAUAGGAGUAAAGAUAGUAAAUUGAGGGAGAAGGACUAUGAUAGAGAGAAGUAUAGGGAUAAAGAUCGUGAGAGGGAUAAAGAUAAGAAGGAACGUGGUAAAGAUAAGGAUCGUGAGAAGGAAAGGGAGGUGGAGAAAGAAGCUGAUAGAGGGCGAGAGAAGGAGAGGGGAAAAGAGAAAACUAGGGAUAGGGAUAGAGAAAAGGAAAAGGAAAGGGACAAGGCAAAGGAAAGGGAGCGAGAGAAGCAUAGAGAUCGAGAAAAGGAUAGAGAAAGCUACAGAGAUGGGGACAAAGAUAAGGGGAAGGAUAAGAUUAGAGACAAGGAAAGGGAAGCAGAUCAAGAUAAAGAAAGGUCAAGAGAUAGAGAUAGAGUAACCAGAAAGACUCUUGAAGAAGAUUUUGGUUGGAGCAAAGAUGAUGAUUACAAAGUUGACAUCCAUGACAAGAGAGAUGAAGAGUUUGGCAAACAAGGGAAGGCAUCAAAUCUUAAUGAGGGUGAGCAAAAUGGUGAAGCCUCAGCACAUCCAUCAGCAAUGGAACUUGAAGAACGCAUUGUGAAGAUGAAAGAAGCAAGGUUAGGCAAACAAUCUGAAGGCGCUUCUGAGAUCUUAUCAUGGGUCACUAGAAGCCGUAAGAUUGAGGAGAGGAAGAAUGCUGAAAAGGAGAAAGCAUUGCAGCUCUCAAAGAUUUUUGAGGAGCAGGACAACAUUGCUCUAGAAGAAAGUGAAGAUGAGGAUGCCGCCCAACAAACUGCUGAUAAUUUAGCAGGGGUUAAAGUUCUUCAUGGUCUUGACAAAGUAAUGGAAGGUGGUACUGUGGUUCUAACUAUCAAAGAUCAGCCCAUACUUGCUGAUGGUGACAUUAAUGAAGAUAUUGAUAUGCUUGAGAAUGUGGAAAUUGGAGAACAAAAACGGCGGGAUGAGGCUUACAAGGCUGCAACAAAGAAAACUGGCGUCUAUGAUGAUAAGUUUAAUGAUGACCCCACUGCAGAGAAGAAAAUACUUCCACAAUAUGAUGAUCCAGCUGCUGAAGAGGGUUUAACAUUGGAUGAAAGGGGAAGAAUUUCUAGGGAAGCAGAGAAAAAACUUGAAGAGCUCCGAAGAAGGUUAACAGGUGUCUCCACAAACACCUUUGAAGAUCUAAAUUCAUCUGGAAAGGUAUCAUCAGAUUACUAUACUCAUGAAGAAAUGCUUCAAUUUAAGAAGCCCAAGAAGAAAAAGUCCCUUCGGAAGAAGGAGAAGCUAGACCUCAAUGCCCUUGAAGCUGAAGCUGUCUCGGCAGGAUUAGGUGCUGGUGAUCUUGGCUCCCGGAAUGAUGCCAAGAGGCAGGCCAUCAAGGAGGAGCAAGAGAGAUUGGAGGCUGAAAAGAGAAAUGAUGCUUAUCAGUCUGCAUUUGCUAAAGCAGAUGAAGCUUCCAAACUGUUGCGUCUAGAACAAAUGCUAGAUGUUAAAACUGAGGAAGAUGAAGCUCCAGUUUAUGCAGAUGAUGAUGAUGACCUUCAUAAAUCAUUAGCAAGAGCUAGGAGACUGGCUAUUAAAAAGAAGGAGGAAGAAGUGGCAUCUGGCCCCCAAGCUAUUGCAUUGAUUGCCUCCUCAAAUCCUGGUAAUGAGACGGUAGAUGAUCAAAAUCCUACAGCUGGUGAGUCAGAAAACAAGGUCGUGUUUACUGAGAUGGAAGAAUUUGUCUGGGGUCUUCAGAUUGAUGAAGAGGCACGAAAACCAGAAAGUGAAGAUGUUUUCAUGCAUGAAGAUGAAGAAACAAAUGCUGCUGCUGACGAAGGAAUGAAUGAUGAGACUGGUGGAUGGACUGAAGUUAAAGAAACCAGUGAAGAUGAAAAGCCAGAUUCAGAAGACAAGGAGGAGGUUGUUGCUGAUGAAACUAUCCAUGAAGUUGCAGUGGGGAAAGGAUUGUCGGGUGCGCUAAAACUUCUUAAAGAUCGAGGAACACUUAAAGAAACUGUUGAAUGGGGUGGCAGAAACAUGGACAAAAAGAAAAGCAAACUGGUUGGGAUCGUAGAUAAUGAUGAAUCAAAGGAUGCACAUAAUAAAAAAGAGAUCCGCAUUGAGAGGACAGAUGAGUUUGGAAGAAUUUUGACUCCUAAAGAAGCCUUCCGGUUGAUUUCUCAUAAAUUCCAUGGUAAAGGGCCUGGUAAAAUGAAGCAAGAAAAGCGUAUGAAGCAGUACUAUGAGGAAUUGAAGAUGAAGCAGAUGAAGAGUUCAGAUACACCAUCAUUGUCUGUGGAGAGAAUGAGGGAAUCUCAAGCUCGUUUGAAGACACCCUAUCUUGUUCUCAGCGGUCAUGUUAAGCCAGGACAAACUAGUGACCCGAAAAGUGGGUUUGCUACCGUGGAGAAGGAUCUUCCAGGGGGUUUGACACCUAUGCUUGGUGAUCGAAAGGUGGAGCACUUUCUGGGAAUCAAGAGGAAAGCUGAGUCAUCAAAUUCAAAUGCAUCAAAGAAGCCAAAAUCUUGAGAAUCUUUUAUUUCUGUCUGAAGGAUCUUUAAAGCAGUGCGAGGGAGCCACCUGGUAUGAGACUUUGAAAAUCCUUGAAGAAACUAUUGAGGGAUUUUUUUUUUUAUUUUUUAAACUCUGGCUUUAAAUGUGGAAUAGAAAGUUGAUCAUUGAUGAUGCAUUAGGAAGAAUUUGAGAUCCUGAGUUUUGGCCACUUUAUAUGCUAGAAGAUGUAUAAUAAUAGAUGUCUGAUAUAUAUGAUUUAAUUCUAUUUUCUUUCA